GACAAUCAAACUUGUCAAAAAAAUGUUGGAACUUGAGUUUUAAAACAAAGUUUAUUAUGUUUUUUAUAAUUAACUUAGUAAAUUAUAGCCAUCUACAAUCACUAACAGGUGUAGAAAAUGUUAACUCAAAUAAUUUAAUUGUAAAUCCUAUUUCGGUAUCAAUAUUGUUUUCGAAUGACGUGUAAUGUUUCCAACGGUGGACUCCGAAGAUAUUUCGCAGGUCACGUCAUUAAAAGAAAAACCCAGCGAUUCUAGCGAUGUGCGAGACUCGACCGAAAAUUCUUCAGAUUCUCAACAAAACUAUAACAAGGAGUUAACUAUCAAUAUGUUGAUAAAGGAAAUGGUCUUUUGCAUUGCUCUCGCUUUGACGACUUAUGGAGCUCUUCAUAACACACCAUCAAAAGUGUCAAAACACCCACAAGCAAUGAGGUUCUUUAAUUCAGGAUCAGUGGUGACAGAUUGGUAUAGAGGGCAGCUGGGCAAAGCUCUGGCUGCUGUGAACAUGGCAGAUGUAUCAUUCAUAAUGUAUUAUGCCCCUUGGGAUGCGGAGUCACAGUUUGUUAGAGGGGAGUUUGAGUUAGCUGCUAAUGUUUUGAGUGAUAGGGUUUAUUUUUCUGCUAUUAAUUGCUGGAAUCCAGGUAGUGAAUGUAGAUUGCAACAUAACAAAAUACCAUCUUGGCCUAUUCUGAUGGCAUAUACUGUUAACUCUAGAGGGGUUCUUUAUAAAGGUCCUAAAGAUGCACAUAGUAUGGUAAAUUUUUUGGAAUUGAUUAUGAAGCCCUUGGUAAGAAUAUCUUCAACUGAAGAUCUAGUUCAUUAUUUAUCUAUUUAUGAUGCUGUGGCAGUAGGUUAUACACCAUUAAGUGACACUUCUAGAUACUACAACACAUGGUACAAUGUGGCUCUCAAGUCACGGGAGUUUGACACGGUGGGUGAGAUAUGUUUUGCGGUUGUAACAUCUGCAGAUCUCGCUGCAGAUCUCGGUGUUGGAAAUCUGCCUAAUGCCCGUCUCAUGCUUUGGAAUGACACAAAGGAAUUUAAAAUAGAGAAUAGUAACAAUACAUGGAAUGAAUCAACACUCAUGCAUUGGGUUUUGGAGAAUUUCUCACAGCCAGUAGCAAGAAUCAUUCCAUUGUGGAAGAAGUCAUUUAACUUUGAGAGAUAUGCUGACGGCAGUCCAAUGUUGAUAUUAUUUACACCACUAAACCCUUUGUAUGAACAAUUACCUUCAUAUACAUUGCUAAGGGAAGUAGCAAUGGAAUACUAUAAUUGUAAGAAUAAUGAUAGCAAUCAAUGGAUAAGUGAAUUAAUAAAACUGCAACAAGUACAAAGACUGAUAUACCAGCAAAAGAAUCAUUUACAAUUUUGUGAAAACCACAAAUUUAAGUCGAUAAGAAAACCGAGCAAAUUGUAUAAAAAAGAAAUAGUGUCUAAUAAUAAUAAAUAUCCUUGGAAUAAUGUGACACAGAAAAGUCAGAAAAGUGGUGUUUUUGAAUUUAUACUUAAGCAAGGUUUAGCUGUAUCGAAAGUAAUGCAAAGUACAAGUGAUGAUUUACCCAUGUUGUCCUCUUUGGACGUAUUAAACGAAUGCAGUACAAACUUUCUACCUGCGGAAAAGAGUUUCUAUGAUAAUUAUGAAAAAUGUCAGAUGUAUGAAGAUAAUGUAAAUAAGGAACAGGAUGUUGAGACGGAACAAUCUAACACUGAAUCAUCAAUGUUGCCACACGAAGAUGAUCUCCUUUCCACGGAAAAUUUAAUAGAGGACCAUUUAAAACAUUCCUGUCGUUUACUAAAGUUUGCUCAACAAUCGAGCCCGGCUGUGCGGCCUGCCAGAGUUAGUGGUAACAUCACACAUAUAGAUGGUCUCUCGUGUGCUACCAAUGCUAGCUUGUACAUGAUCGCCCUCGACUCUGUCCACAAUCAUCACUUCGCUGAAGCACUCGGUGUUGAUGUCACCAACAUGAAGGAUAUGACCGCUGUUGUUAUAUUAGACAGUACGUCCGGCACCCAAUACGUACUUAAGGAGGAAUACAGUGCGAAGUCAGUGCGGGACUUCAUACACAAGUUCAGUAAGUCUGGUCUGCGGCGGACGCUGCGGUCGCAGGCGGCGGCCGCGCACACGCACCACUACCGCGCCCCGACCGCCCCGCACGCCCCGCACGCCCCCAACGACCUCCUCAACAUCACCGAUCUCACUUCCCGCACAUUCAGAAAGUUUAUUACAACGCCUGGCUCCGUGAAGCUGGUGUGCGUGUGCGCGGGUUCGUGCGGCGCGCAGGCCGGCCGCGCGCUGCUGGUCAUGGUUAGUGAACGUUGUGUGUGGCGCAGCAAGGGCGAGGCGGAGAGCCGCUGGUACCCGGCGCGCGCUCGCGUGUCGGCCAGCGGGCUGGCGGCGCUGGCGCUGCGCGCGCUGCCCGCGCCGCCGCACCUCGCCGCGCGCCUCGCGCUCUGCGCACAGCGCACUAAUUUGGAAAAGAAGUCAUGUCUAAAGGAUAUAAGAGAAGAAAUAACAACCAUGAUCGGCAGAAACUUAAAGUACUGGCGUCGAAGUGACGUCAGGGAGCUGAAAGAUUCCUUUUAUAGAAGACUGCAACAUUUACAGCAGGUGUCUCUGCUCAUGAGCCUCCUUCAUACUUCUGAUCUCAAGGAAGAUAAUCCUAAACAGCUUUCACUUAUAAAUUCCAUUCAAGAGCUGUCCAAAGUCUGGGAAAUCGAUAUGUCGAUGUUAAGAAGAAAUGCCGCCGCCGCUACAAGAUGAUAUUAGAUAGAUGUUGUAAAUAGUGUACAUUUCAUCAUUUUGUAACAAUCGAAAUAAGUUGUUAAUAUUUAUAAUAUACAAAGAAUUAUUGUAAUGUUGAUAAAGAAAAUGUA